CUCCACAUAGACUGCUUGAGAGGAUUAUGAAAGUAGAAUCUGCUUGUUUUUAUUUUUCUCUGCUGUUGAUCAGUGGAAUUUUGUCAACAUCUGUCCAUGGGUAUCCGUAUUCGGACGCCAAAUCACUUCUCCAGGAUGUGUUUCAGAACUACUCAACAGAAAUCCGACCAAAAGAGAACAUGUCAGAAACUUUAGAGGUCUCCGUUAGCCCUAUUGUUUUCUCAGUAAAUGAUUUCGAUGAAGUUUCAGGAGUUCUGUCCAUUGUUAGUAGUUUUACGUUGUUUUGGCAUGAUUUUCGACUGACCUGGAUACCAAGCAACUAUGGUGGCAUCGAACAUCUCCCUGUUCCCAAACAGAGACUAUGGGUCCCAAACAUAUUUUUGCUUGACCCAGCCAAAAAGAUGGAAGCCAUUGGGGACGAGGAUUUCUUGGGCAGAAUUUCUUAUUCUGGCCAAGUGACAUGGGUACCAGCAGGUCUACUUCAGACUUCGUGCAACGUUGACAUGUACAGAUUCCCUUUCGACACACAAUCGUGCACUUUCACAAUAGCUUUGUGGGGAUAUUCGCCAUCUGAAGCAAGAUUAAUUCCUCACAAUAACUUAACGACAGUGGUCACAAGCUACUACUCCGAGAAUGCUCAGUGGACGUUGAAAGGGACAUUGAUGAAGCGGACUGCACUCGCUGAUUAUGAUAAUUUACUUGAAAUUGGAUUAAUUUUAGAGAGGAAGUUUCUGUAUUUUGUCAUUAACAUGUUAGCACCAAUCCUUCUUCUGUCCUUACUCAAUCCUCUUGUGUUUGUUUUACCAAUUGAAAGUGGGGAACGUGUAUCUUAUGCUAUUACAAUCUUUUUGUCUUUCGCCGUUUUUAUGACACUGCUCAGUGACAAUAUUCCCAAAUCUUCAGAACCAAUGUCUUUGAUGUCUUACUUCUUAAUCAUAACAAUGGCUAUGAGCACAUUGAUAUGCGUUUUGGCUGUUGUUACAAUGCGUUUUCAUUUCAAAGAUCCCCUGUUACCCGUCUCACGUCCUUGUGUUUUUAUGCUUAAUAUUUUGAGAUUCCAAUGUCUGUGCUGCGUCUGUAAAAAAAGCAAGACUAAAGUCAAAGCUAAAUCUGUGAAAGUGGAUGUAGUUUUUGAAAAGAGUAAUGUGGCUGAAGGUAACAAUACGCAAAAUUUUGAAGAAGGAAAGGAAAAAGUCACUUGGAAGGAUUUGGCGGAAGGAUAUGACAGACUUUUGACGUACUAUUUUUACGUCUUUGUUUUCAUACAGUGGUGCGUCCUUGUAAUGGCGUUGCUGUAAAAGAACUUUG